GCGGCGGGUUCCUCCAGUGUGGGGCUGCUUCGCAUUGUGUGAGGCGGGGACUGUUUGGGCCGCCGCUGCCCUUCGGAUACGGCGGCAACAUCAUCAGCCGAGGGAGGAUGAAGAGCGUGGACGAGGAGGAGGAAGGGAUCCCAGCUGGUUCAGCGCGCGCCCGGGGCACUGCUCUGAGUCAAUGCAGUGGGAGAAUGAGAUUAUCUGCAUAGGAAGAGCUCCUACUGUGUAAUUCCUUUCAACGUGAUCAAUGACCAACACAGGUGUAGAAAACCAACAGAAAAGGCAAACAAGUUUUCACUGACAGUGGGCAAAUAUGAGCAUAAUUAGGCUAAGAACUGCCUGAAAGAGUUGACUGCAAACAGAAGAGCCAAUUGGCAAUCCUUGAUCAUUGGGAAUGUUUUCUGUUGGAUAGUAUCAAGACAAGAGAGGCCACUGUAGCUUCAACUGGUGCAGUGCUAGACAUAAUAGCCAUCUCAGCUUUUGACAUGAAGAAAGACAUAGAUGCCUUAAUAGCAGAGGAAAGAGCAGAAAUCAUUGCUAAGUAUGAGAAGGGAAGGCAGGAAGGGGCUCAGAUUGAUCCAUGGGAAGAUGCUGACUUCACUCUCUACAAAGUUACAGACAGAUUCGGGUUUUUGCAUGAGCAUGAACUACCAAACCGCAGUGCUCUGGAGCAGAAGCAAAAACUUCAAGAGAUUGAACGAGUGGACAAAUGGCUGAAGAUGUUAAAAAAAUGGGGAAAAUACAGAAACAGUGAAAAGAUGUUCCGCAGAGUUUAUAAAGGGAUACCCCUCCAAGUGCGAGGCCAGGUCUGGUCACUCUUGCUGGAUGUUGAAAAGAUUAAGAAGGAGAAUGAAGGAAAGUAUGAGAAAAUGAAACAACAAGCCAGGAGUUUCUCAUCAGAAAUCAAGCAGAUAGACCUUGAUGUCAAUCGCACCUUUCGGAACCACAUCAUGUUUCGCGAUCGCUAUGGAGUGAAGCAACAAGCUUUGUUUGAUGUCCUGUCAGCCUAUUCUGUUUACAACACGGAAGUGAGCUACUGCCAGGGAAUGAGUCAGAUUGCAGCUAUCCUGCUGAUGUAUUUAAAUGAAGAGGAUGCCUUUUGGGCACUGGCACAGCUGCUUACCAAUCAGAGGCAUGCAAUGCAUGGGUUUUUCAUUCCUGGAUUCCCAAAGCUGCAGAGAUUUCAAGCCCAUCAUGAAGCAAUCUUAAGCAAACUUUUUCCAAAGCUGAAGAAGCACAUGGACAAGGAACAGAUGUCUACAGGGAUUUAUACAACUAAGUGGUUCCUGCAGUGCUUCAUUGACCGGACUCCAUUUACUUUAACCUUGCGGCUAUGGGAUAUCUACAUUCUGGAAGGAGAGAGGGUUCUGACAGCCAUGGCCUACACCAUCCUUAAAUUGCACAAAAAGCGUCUGCUGAAAAUGAGCCUGGAAGAUCUAAGGGAAUUCCUCCAGGAAAAAACUGCUGCUUCCUUGCAGUUUGAGGAUGAUAUUGUAAUUGAACAGUUGCAAGCAUCCAUGGCUGAACUACGCAAAAUGAAAUUUGACCUUCCUCCCCCAGCAAAAUCGGAAGAAUUCCCCAAGAAACCCUUGGGGCUGGAGCUCUCUCUAAAUCUGGUGUCAGUGAAGCCCAGUGUUGCUGCUAAUGGACAGAAAAAGGCAAUCACUGACCUCAGCCAUGACGCAGAUGCUUUAACACAAACUUCUCCAGAUAAAAGUCCAUCGUACCUGAAUGAAUUGAUUGGCAAUUCAAAUAUGGCAGUACAUGAGAGAGCUGUUCUUCCAGAACCCAGUGGACCACAUAUGCAAACUGAACCAGCCGACCUGCAACACAGUCCAUUCCAGAAUCAGCAGCCAAGUCAAACACUUGAAAUUGAGGAACAACAAGCAGAAACAAAUGCCAAUGAAAACUCAUCAGACAAUAAUCCUAUAAUGCUGAAUGAGAUUCAGCCCAUCAGAGAAAGCCCAGGUGUGCCUGCAGACUGUAAAGAGGCUGAUUCGUUAGAGAGCAACACAGAGAAGUGCAGUUCACAGGAAAACCACCUGUUUCUUCCUAUACUUGACAAGGACCCUCUUGUUCCCCAGAGUCUGCAAACUCAGACAGGUGGCAUGUCAGUGGAAAGCACUCUGUGGGGAUCUGUCCUGCAGAGUCAGACAGAAGAAGCAGACCCUUCUGUUGGCUAUGAUGGUCCGCCAUCAUUAUCAGAGUCAGAGUCAUCCCAUCAGGUGCCCUUGCUUACAUCCCUUGAAGAACAAAAGACUUCAGACUCCUCAUCUGUGCAAAAUGCAGCAGCUCUACAGCAUGGGAGUGCCACCUCAUCCUCUGAGGAUCUGCUGUCUGAAGAUGCAACACUGCUUCUGGUUCCCUUGUGCUGCCCUCCAAGUACAGACUCUUCUUCUGCUCCAGGGCAUGGCCUGUCCACAACAGAAGCCUUGCCAGAAAGCACAGAAGCUCCCUGUACAGUCAAAGCACCUGCUGCUCUCCCUCUCCCAUGCCAGGAUGGUCAGCGACGGCCUUCCAAUGCAUCUCAGUAUGACAACCUGUCUGAGGAUGAGGAUGGGGAAGAGAAACCUUGCAUACAGGUGCCCAGUUCUGAGAAAAUGGCCGUUUUAAUACCACCCUCUGAUUUCUGUGCUUCACUGUCAAAGUGUUCAAUGUCCAGGUCGGCUUCCACUGGAGAGAUGGAAAAUUUCCAGAGACAAGCUUGCGAAGUGGUAGAUUGGAUGCAACGGUCCAAACGACCUGGCCAGCCCACCUCAUUCACCACAUGGUCCCAUCUCAAGAAACUCUCCGGAGGAGGCAGUGUGCCCAUCUUAUCCGAACCAGACCCUGAGGUGCUGUCAGAGGGCUUCCCUGCCCAGCCCACUUCAUCCACAGCAUUCCAGGAGCAGCACAGCCCCUUCCGAAUAGUAAAAACCACCACCCCUCUUCACCUGGUUCAUGCUACAGAGCAAGGCUUCUUGAGCAAGAAGCAAGUGGCUCUGCCUUUACCAGAGACCACUGGCCAUGAUACAGCUGGCAGUGGUGAGCUUGUUUCUGCAGAUGUGGAAAUUGAGGAGGGUGGAGCUGGCGGAGACUGUCUUCAGAAAUCACUGAAUGCUUUGGGUGGGUCACCUGCCCUCCAAAGGCCGAAGCCAAAGGUUCCAGCCAAGAUUUUCAAAACUCUUUCCGAUAACCAUUUCUAUCUAGGCUGCCCUCCCAUGGUAAAAAUGUCUAAAUCAGUCACAUUCUAAUAGUAUUGGAAAAAAGGAGAUUAAGGUUCUACAGCUCAUGAGAGAACAGAACAAAAACGCACAGCCUCAUUUGAGGCCAAGGAAGCAAUUAUCUUGCUAGUUGUGCUGUGUCCAAGAAUUCAGGAUGGGGCUUAGAAUACAGGCUAGCUUGCAGGAGGCCAUGCCUGUGAGCAGAGUCUUGAAACACUUGGGUUCUCCUCCCAUGGCGCUUUUGAAUCUUGCUUCUUGUAUCUCCUCCCUCACAAUUUGGUGGAGAUUUAACAUGGCCAAAUCAUUUGUACUGUUUCCUUCCAAACCCUUGUAACUGAAAAGUUACACAUGGCCGUGAGAGAGAAAGAAUGUUUGAGGAACUAGGGGACUACUCGGUUACAGGUUUGGGCCAGUAGUAGCACAUUUUUCUGUAGCAAUAGUGUUGUUGUUUUUUCUGUUUCAGCCAGUCUAGUUCUGUAAAUGAGGCUAUAGAUUAGUCGUGCCAGGAAACAUAGCUUUCAUAGCAUCUAUGCAAUAUCCAGCACACACUCAUGUGUGUUUUAUCGUGCAGUAAAACCAGGCAAUUCAGCAUGCCUGUUCCUAUUUCUUUAGCUCCCUCACUUGUUUGCACUGACGAGGUUUCUCAAAGAUUAAUAAAACAUGCAGAGGAAUGAUUUUCUGUUAAACAAUGCAACGUGCGACCUAAAAAGCAAGGGUAAUUCCUGAGGGAAGCCAAACCAAAUCUGCAUGCUGCUCACAGCAGAUUUGUCCCAAAGUGCUGACUCUCCAGCAUCUUCUGUGUGUUCAUGUGCUUGGACCGUGUGUACACACCAAGAGGGGUGGCUGCAGCAGCUAGAAAAAGAGGUGUAGCAAGUUCUCUUCCUUCAGCUGUUUCUCUUUUCUUUUGAGCAGAUUCUGUAAGUGAGCAUGCGCACAACCCUGCAAGUGACUAGGCAGAAGUUUGCCUCGGGGGCUCUGCACUUCCACAGGAACUAGAAUUGUCUGGGUUGGUAUUUAGCUGCAGCUGGCAAACUGCAACCCGAACCUGGGAUCAAUGCGAGAGCAGCACUGUGUGCAGACUAGUCAUUGGAAAGCAUCUGCAGCUGAAUUGUUCGCAUGCUUUCUUGCAUUUUUCUCAAACUUGCCCCAUCAAGUGCACACAGGGUUCAUUUCCUAAAGCCUUGAUGCCACCACUCUGCAUUCGCUGACAGCAGACAAAUCUGCACAGUGGCCAAGGCAGCAAGCAUAGCUUUACAAGGUAGCCUUUUCUGGGCACAUAAGGUAUACUUUUAAAAAUGCAGGUAUUAUUAAAAGCUUAGCUUUUCAGAUAAAUUUUAAAAGGCCUCAUUCAUCAAACAUAAGUUUAUAGCUAUUGGAGCUUCUCAUCUGCUGCUCAGUAUGAGAAGAAUGCUCGGGUUUGUAUUGCUGAGGUAAAAGGUAUAUAGAGCUGUUAGGCAUCAGUGUUUAUUUUAUGUCAGGUUUUAUGUCUGGUUUUCCUCUGGAAGUGAGAGGGCAAAACUGAAGGGGAACCCACAGCAGGCCAUUUGGGCUUCCCUCUAUCCUCCAGAGGGACAGCACCUGGGCAUAGCACGGGGAGCCAGGAACUCGGCUCCUAUCUCAGCAGCUUCCUCUGUGGCAUUUGGGAAGUUUGCAUAUCUUGCCUGAACCUUCCUACUGGACAUUGUUCUUAACCCUUGUCUCACAGGAAAGUUGUGAGAAUUAAUCUGUGCUUUUGACAGGAGCGAGAGCGAGAGAGAGAGCGAGAGAGAGAGAGAGCGAGAGAGAGAGAUCAUUGCUAAGCAGGAGUGGUCAAAAGCCUCCCACAAGAAAGGUGUUUUGUUGAAUAGCAGCUGCUGCACCAUUAUUCAAAAACUAACACAUCCCCAUGUAAAUCCAUCCUCCCAGGAUACUAUUUUAAGGCUAAGGAUCUGUAGUCUUUAUUUUGCUUAUCUGCUCCUAGAACACAACAUAAUGUCCUGAAAUACUGUUGGCCUCCAACUGAGGUUUUCCUGCAGGCAUCUGACUCUUCUUUGCUUUAGCUGCAGUCAGCUUCUCUCCCUCAGAUACAGAGCCUACAGAUGUUCUAACAGCUUGACCUUUGGUUUCUUCUCUGCAUUUUUACCUCCUUUACCUGUCCAACAAGGUGGGUCAGGCACUAUGUUCAAAGGUGCUUGUUUAGAAAUGUUUCACAGCUGUCAAAUACAAAUCCCAAUAUAUGUGCUGAGCAAAUGAAUUACCUGAGGCAGGAAAAAAGGAAGGCCAGGUCCCUGAUAAACCCUAUGGCAUUGCACAACAUGACUAGGUGUGGAGCACCCAUGGCCUUCUGGAUGUUGUUCAGCUCCAGCUACAAAGAUCAGUCAGUGAUCAGGAAUGAUGGGAAUUAUACCUGUAUGCAUUCCCCAUCCCUGCGCUAAAGCUUCCAUUGCAGGAAAGAAUUCCUACUAGUAGAAGCAGGUGGUAUAUUUGUCCCUGAAUUUAGCUACCAGAUACAAUAUAGUGAACACGGCUGUGACCCUAAUUAAAACUUCGAUUUAAAAAAUCAGUACUGUAUCCCUUUUAAUCUCACCUUAUAAAAUCCCAGACAUUGCCCAGCUUUACAGUGUUGUCUGUUUUCUGGAACUUGUCUUGUAGUUAGCCUGAAGCACCCAGGAGUAUGUCUAGUAACAUGCGGACUCAAAACCUGCUGUUAAAACUUCUGAGGAAGGAUAUGAGUUCAGAAAUAGAAGGUAGGAUGGGAAGCUGCAGUACCUGUCUGUGAGCAGAACCACUUUGAUUUGUCCUGUCUUGUUCCUUCCAAAGGACUGCACAAAAGUAAUAAGGGAGGCAUCAAAAGAAAGCCAAUUGUAAUAGCACAGGCUUUGGACCAAAUAUAAUCCGAGACCAAGUCAUUUGCCCCAGUCCCUUCACUUGCCAACAGUUUGCCUUUCAAUAUCUCAUUCCUGUCACUAAACAUAUUUCAUGCCAAGGGGCACAGAGAGGCAGUUCUUUAGAGCGGUUCCUUUUCUCUUGGCUUAAACUGGAACAUUCAUGUCUUCCCCAUCCCUCGUCUCUUCCCUCACAGACUGCUGGCAUUAAAGUUGGUGCUGCUUUUAAGGCCUUUCGAUAGAACUCAUCAGUUGCCUUUUUCCCUUUGACUGCUGUACUUCACCAAGUCCUCUCACAGAAAGAACAGGUGGUAUGCAGAAGGGGAGGAAGACAAUACUGCCUCCAUUUGCAUGUAAUGGCAGCAAACCAGUGGAUUCAGUAACCCAUGAUUUGCUGCCAGACGCUCCUAAUAUAUGCUGCCAGUUCAAGUAUGCAGCUGCCAGUUGGCUCCUUGACAUCCAAACCCAGACACUGGAUUAAUCAACCCAGAGUUAGCCUAAUUAAUUAAUUUAGGUUGAUUUUAUGUUGAUUAAUCCAGAAUUCCAGGUUUGGACAUUGUAGAGGAAUCUUGUGUCAAGCUGAUGAGAAGUUGUAUAUUGAGAAUGGCAGAGAUGCAGAACCCUAGCAAAUUGUGGAUUAAUUAUUUAACCUCACAUUUUGCCCCUCUACAUGUGAACCAGUUCACUGUAGGGAAGUAGCCGAAGCAGCUGCCUCUUUCCAUGCCAUCUUUUUUAACCACAUGGGUGUCCUCUAGUGGAGAUGUAAGGAAGCAAUCAAGCAUGUAGAAAAUUGAGAUGCUAAUUUAAAAAAUACCUCUUAGUCCACCAUCAUGCACAUCACAUUCCACACAGUUGCCUUAAUAGCAAUCUAUUGCAUUAGUUGUCCAGAAUCCAAUUUUCCCAACAACAAAACAGUGAUAGUCAAACGUUCGAAAAUAGUGAUGUUCCUGCAUAGGAACUGCAGCCUUGAGGACAAAGAUUGUUACCCUACUGAACAAAGGACUAACAGAAGUGUAUCUAUCGCUCACUUCAUCUGUGUUGUUGUUGUUUAGCAAAGUCGUGUCUGACCCAUCACUACCCCAUGGACAACAUUCCUCUGUGUAGGAAGGCUCUAAACCAGAGAUGGGCCGUUUAUAGCCCUCUGGAUGUUUUGGCCUACAAAUCCCAUCAGCCUUCACCAUUACCUGUGCUGGCUAAGUCUGAUGGGUAUUAUAGGUUAAAGUAUCUAGAGGGCCACAGUUAGCCCACUCCUGCUCUAAGGCUUUCAAGUGCUUCUCUGAUGGGAUAUUUGCUAGAGUGCAACUUUGAGCUAAGGCUAAAGGAACAAUUACAACAGCAGUUCUUUAGUUGGAUUUGCUAUAACAUUUUGGUCCAAAGAACUGUCUCAGCAUGCCAUCAAACCGUGCAAGAGUCUUUGGUCAGCUGAUGUCCUUGAAAGCUCUGCCUGCAGUUUCAUUGCAACAACCUGCUUGUUAAAAAAGGCAAAUUUCAAUAAAGGAACAGCCUUAGAAUUUCCUUCUCAAGGAUUGCUGCUUCCUUCAUAAUGUUAGUUAUGCCAAUAACCCAAGCAGCUCAGAAUCCACUGCAGAAAAACCCUCAGUAUAGAAUUGAAAGAUGUGAAUAAUGUACAGCUUAACUGGGAAACCUCUAACUGGCUCCAUGGUCCUACCCAAAGGAAGGCAGAUGCCUUCUGGAGACAGGCUGUCCAUUCAUGUACAGUAGACUCCUGGUUAACCAGAACUCAAGCAACCAGCAAAAAGAGGAG